CCGGAAGAUCUUGUGGCAAUAAAUUUGUUGGAUUAAUUACAAAUCUCAACCAUUUGCAUUAACUUACUUACUGUAGAAGUACGCAAAAGUAAUUAGAGGAUCAAAAAAUGAUUGGAGUUAGUCAUCAAAAUGGUGAAUGUCUUCAGUCUUCUAGCAAAGAAAGAAAUAAUAACUUAUCAAACUUCCAUUAUAAAGAUGGAUUACCGUGUUUUGAUGCAAAACCGAAAUCCAAAUCUCCUUCUUUGAAUAAUAAGGGACCUAUUUUGAUUUGGAAUGAAAAAGUGCCCAAUACUGCUCUUGAAAAGUUCAGUAAGAUAAUUGAACAGAAAUACAACCAAAAAUUUGAUUCAUAUUGGGACCUUCAUAAAUGGAGCGUAGAAAAUUUUCCGAAUUUUUGGGAAGAAUGUUGGAAAUAUUUUGACAUAAUUGCAUCAAGGCCUUAUGAUCAGGCAUUUAUAAAAACUGGUGAUGGAUUUAUGGACAACGAGUGGUUUCCCGGGGCAUUGUUUAAUUUUGCUGAGAACAUUCUGAGAUACAGAGACGAUAGAGAAGCAUUAGUAUGCAUCGAUGAAGAAGAUGGCGGGGAGGACGACAUCGUAACCUAUGCCCAAAUGUUCGAAGAAGUCCGACGAUAUGCAGCGGCUUUUCGAAAGCACGGUUUACAGAAAGGAGAUACAGUUGCGUGUUAUAUGUCUAACAGAAAAGAAUCUAUUUUCACUUUUCUGGCAGCUGCAAGCAUAGGAGCUAUAUUUGGUGGUCCACAGCCAUAUUUUGGCCCUAAGGCUGCAUUAAACAUUUUAAACAAAAUGGAAGCGAAAUUCCUAAUUUCUAUUGACAAACAUGUUGAUAAUGGUGCUUACUUCUCCAAUAUUGAUUAUCUGGCGGAGAUUGUUUCUAAUGCUCCUUCAAUUGAGAAAGUUAUCAUUGUAGCAACGAAACAAGAAACUAAGAGUCGUGAUUUAUCAGAUAUUCCAAAAAGUAUUCUGCUAGAAGAUUUUCUAGAUAGUGGUAAGAAUGCCGAUGGUACCAUACCAGAACUGGUAUUCGAGCAGUUGCCAUUCAGUCAUCCAGUGGCUAUUAAUUUUACAUCUGGCACAACUGGUCUUCCAAAAGGACCUGUCCAUUCAGCUGGAACCCUGAUUUCUCACUUAGUAAGCAUUGCGUUCUAUUGGAAUUUGAAGUGUGGUGAUACUGUAUAUACGUGCUAUCCAGUUGGAUGGACAUUAUGGGAUACUUUCGUUCCUUGCCUCGCGUGGGGCGUAAAGCUGCUACUUUUUGCUGGCUGUCCAUUUUAUGAGCGAAAAGACGAAACAGUUUGGGAAAUAUUUGCUCGCCACAAAGUUACUUAUUCUUUUUUUGCAACAAUUAUUGCCGAUAAGCUUGAAAAGAUGAAUACAGUUCCUGGAUCAGAUUUAGAUAUGAGUAAUUUAAAGCUUUUAACUAUGGGUGGAAGUCCUGUUAAAGUUCAAAACUAUUUAUUCAUCAAAGAAAAGGUCAAACGCAACGUAUUCACUUGUAGUCAAUAUGGUGCGUCAGAAAGUUUUGGAACAUUUUCCGGAUUUGAUUUAAAUUUGCCUUGUUACGCAGGAGAAAUUCAAGCUCCUGGCCUAGGAAUGGAUGUGAAAUGCUUUGAUCAAAAAGGUAAAUCUGUACUGAACAGACGAGGCGAAAUGGUUCUAGCCAAACCAACCCCCUCUUUACCGGUUUUCAUUUGGAAGGAUGAAGAUCACAGUAUAAUGAAGGAAACUUACUUAUCCAAAUAUCCUGGUGUUUGGUGUCAAAACGAUGAAAUAUGGAUUAAUCCGGACACAAAAGGCUUAGUUGUAAUUGGCAGAAGCGAUGAUACGCUUAAGCAAUUUGGAGAACGAUUUGGUGCAGGAGAUGUUUAUUUUGCAAUUCACGACAUGGAAGAAAUCCAGGACUACAUUUGUGUAGGACAGAACAGAGAUGAUGGUGAGACCAGGGCCGUACUUUUUGUCAAGAUGAGAGAAGGACACUCUUAUACACCAGAAUUCAAAAGGAAAAUAGAACAAAAGAUUUUCGACGAGCUUUGGCAAGAUUGUGUUCCACAAGUUAUACUUGAAGUAUCAGGAAUUCCAUACAACUUGAAUAACAAGAAAAUGGAAAGCACAGUUCGAAAAAUUGUAGCAACAAACCAGGUACCGGAAGUAAACAACAUCAAGAAUCCUGAAUGUCUUCUCGACUACUUGGACAUUCCUGAGUUGGUGAAUUACAACAACAUUUAAAUUGUUCACCCUUAUCUCACUUUUAACAUUUCUCGAACUGUACAAAGUUUUAAAUACCUUUAACUGUUAUCAGACUCAUUUUUAGAUUAUUUUGAUUUGUAUUUUUGUGUACUAAACCCAAUGUAUUUCUUUGAAAUGUAUUUAAACAUCAUUAAAUAUUUUUGUCAUCUCAA